AUGCCGCAUCAGGAGCACGGAACCAGGAGCCAUGAAGAGGAGAGCAUGAAGCUGAGGAGAGCUAAGGAGACAAGUGAGCUGAGUUCAGCUCAAAUCGAGGCCAAGACCAAACAUCCAAAGUCAACAAACAUUUGUAGAUCAGACUCAACUCAUCCAGAGAUAGCCACGAAGAAUAAUCAGCCAAAAAGAAGUUCAUACGAAGUAGAUGUUGAAGAUACAUUCUGGCAGAUCUUCAAUGGACCCGAUGGAGACAUGCAACCACUCAUCGAAUCAUUCCAGCCCAACCAGGAUGAACCAAGCUUCAAAUCAAAUAUUUCUAGAUGCUGA